CGCUAGCUGGAGUUAUCCGGGGACCGUUUUUACGGGCGGUUCACUUCAGCGAGUCAUGCCGACCGACAACAAGCGAGUUCGCGGGCCCGAAGUGUCUCAGAGCCCGUCGCUGUUCUGCUCCCGGCCCGCCGGGGUCCUCUCCUCGCCCGGGCCCAGGGCGGACGGCCGGCAGCGCGACCAGGUGGACGUCCGGCCGGUGUUCGUCCGCUGCGGCCUGGUGAGCCAGGCCAAAGGUUCCGCUUACAUCGAGGCUGGGAACACCAAGGUGCUGUGUUGCGUUUACGGACCGCGGGAGACGGAGCGGAAAGAUGAGACCGACAUGAAGUCUGGAAGGCUGACCACCGACAUGCGCUUCGCUCCGUUCUCCUGCCCGGAGCGCGGCUCCUGGAUCCAGGGCAGCCAGGAGAAGGACUUCUCUCUGAUGCUGCAGGAGAGCCUGCAGCCGGCCGUCUGCCUCCACAGGUACCCCCGCUCCCAGGUGGAGGUCAACGUCGUGGUUCUGGAGAACAGCGGCUCCGUCCUGGCCCACGCCGUCACGUGCGCGUCCAUGGCGCUGGCGGACGCCGGGAUCGAGAUGUACGACCUGGUGCUGGGCUGCUCCCUGCGUCAGGACGGCGGCUCCUUCGUGGUCGACCCGACUUACCCGGAGGAGAACAGCAGGAGGCCGAGCGGCGGCGGGGGGGAGAAGCGGGGCGGGUUGACGGUGGCGUUCCUGCCCAGUCUGAACCAGGUGUCCGGGCUGCAGUCGGACGGGGAGAUGGCGGAGGAGACCCUGACCGCGGGGAUUCGGACCUGCAUCGAGGGAUGUUAUAAACUGUAUCCGGUGAUCCAGCAGGCUCUGAUCAAGGCUGUUCGCAGGGCGGCGCCGCCUCCAGCAGAGAGCUGAGAGACAGCCUGAACUCCCACUUUAACUUUUAUCUUUAUUACCCACAUGUUUUCUAUCUGUAGUGUCUUUUUUUCUUUCAACAAAUUAAACACACAUUUCUCAAUAG